GCCAAGGAGGAAAUGAGAUCUGUCGUUUUUCUUCUUUUUAGAAUCAUCUGCCACCUCUUGAUUCCGUCUCUGCUCCGCUCCGUUCCACUCUCCCUCCGGGUCCGCUCUACCCUUGGGGGCCGACUUCUCGACCAUCCUCGCCCACUGAUGGACGUCGUCGCUCUCGCCAGCCGCCAGCCGUUCGCCCUCGCCGCUGCGACGAUUUCGCAAGAGGAAAGCUUUUAAGUAACUCCAGUCCUAUUGCGUGUUUUUCUCAGCUACUCCUUUGAUGUCCAUUAUGGUGUAACCGUUUCCCUUUAGCUACGUUGCUCUAGAAUGACGCCGGCAUUCUUUCUCGCAUAGAUUACGGUCCAGACCGCAGUUUGUCUUCUCGACAGCGGACGGAGGAGUAGCUCAGGGCGUAGCAGCGUUGAACGAGGAACCAUUUUCUACGCGGCCUCUGUGGCAGCCAUGCUGGCACGGCGAUAAAUGAACACAAAGUAGAAGUCACGUUAUUUCCGAUUAUUUUUCUACGAGGAUAAUUCAAGGACACUCAUCUUGGGGCUCAAAUAUUAAUAUACCGCCGUUACAAUGAGUUUCGAUCAAGUUCCCUCCAAGUCAGAGGUUAUGAGCUGGAAUCCGCCGCGGUUGGCGGACUACUUGAGGAAGGCGAACCUGACCGGCUGCGACAAAGUCGUCCUGAAGUACAGCAUGAACGGCCCGCGGUUCCUGAACAUGUCUGACAAUGACCUGCAGAAAUUUCCCAAACUUCAGCAGCCGCUAGUCACCAAGAUCUGCCUUGGAAUCAACAAGAAGGAAGAGAAGAGAGGAUUCUUUAGCAAAAACAGGCCAGCGCCACAGAAGCGCCAUGAACAAGAGUUCGAACAGGAAAAUCAAGGCUGGGACUCCGAAGAGUUCGAUCAGAGUGACGACGACUACGAGAGCCCCGAUGGGGACGACGACGUGGACGGGGGGGAUUACGAGUCCCCAGAUGACGGCGAUCACGGUAGGGGGGGGGGCGAUAGCGACAACGACUAUGAGCCACCCCCCUCCGACCGGCCUGAAGAUGCUCCCCUGCAGAUCUGCCCCGCAAAGCCCAUCGGGGACAGUGACUACAUAGAUAACAACCGGAAUCGGCACACACCAGCGAAGCCAUUGCAGAGCCAGCCCCCGGCCCCCCCAGAGCGCCCCGGCGCCAGCCUGCCCCCACCUUCCACCUCCCGCGUGCCCCCCCACCUUCCCAAGUGCGAGCCGUCCUCACAGAGACCAGUCAAGCCUCCUGCUAAAUCUCCUGGCCUGCCCGCCCCCCACGUGGACCGCAGAACGAAGCCUGGUUCUUCAGACCGAGGUCUGCCCAGUCUUCCAGGUUUCCCAGACAGGGAAGAACACUUUCCAGGAAGAAAGCCUCCUAUGCCUGACACGUUCGCCGCUCAGCCGAGAAGAAGCGUCGUCGCUGACAAGCCGCCAGACUUGCCUCGACUCACUAAACCACCACUGCCAGGGCCUGGGGUCAACAGAUCAAGCUCUUCUGUCGGCAGACAGCCGGCAACUCUGCCCCCUGCUGUAAGUCUGCCUCCCAUUUCCCCUGCAGGACAUAUGCCAAAACCGGGAGGGGGGCCCCCUUAUAACUCCAACACGUUCCCCUUACCCACGCGUGGCCCCUCGCCCCGGCCGGGGCCCUCGCAUUCUGAAAGUUUGCCCCCCCCUAUGCACCCAGGUGGGUCCCUUCCCUCUCGACUGCAAAUGGCCAUGGGUUCCCAGAGGCCGAAACCCGAUCGCCUGCCGAUUCCCCAGCCGCAGGUUUCCGAUUUUGGCCCAGAUGACGAGCAGGACCUGGACCCCCGGUGGUACGUGGCCCAUGUGACCAGAGCGCAGGCUGAGGGCCUCUUGAGGAGGAUAAACCGGGACGGCACGUUUCUCGUACGGGACAGCUCAAAAAGAUCAUCCACCCAGCCGUACACCCUCAUGGUGCUUUACCAGGACAAAGUCUACAACAUCCAGAUCCGGUACAACAGUGAGAAGGAUGUCUUCCUGCUCGGUACCGGGCUGAAGAACCGCGAGAACUUCCCCAGGGUGAGAGACAUAAUUGAAUUCCACAUGAAAAUACCGCUUCUACUCAUCGACGCGAAGGACACUGGUUCGGGACCGCAAAAGCAGUGUCUAUUAGCGCAGCCGGUACAGUACUGACGACCUCCAGAAAGAACCCAGAAAGGAUUACCAAAAACGGGAGCCGACGAGAAGGGAAUUCUGGGAUGCAGAAACAGUACCGAGUCGCGGUGAAGAGAGCGAUCUGAAAAUCAUGGAAAAAACUGCUGUCCGCCUAACACCUAAAUGACUCUGUUGUCAUUGUGUUUUACGAAUUGUUUUAGUUCCUCUUAAUUUCAUUUCAUAUUUAAUUUGAUUUCAGCUACAGGUAACUAGCAUAUUUUAGAUAACCUUCAGAUCUAAGUUAUGUGCAAAAUAUUAUAUCAGUUUUUUUUUCUAGCCUGCGUUUUGCAUUUUAACAAUUAAAAGCUCAGGAAGAAAUGGAUAACAUAAAGGGUUAUUUCGACGAGAAGGCAGGUCUCGGCUCGGCAUUUCGAACAAAAGUGUGUGCUUCGCAAUGAGAAGUUUUCAUCAUCAUUUCAUUAAAAGUUUCAGGGCUGAUUACACGGCAAAUGUUGAAAAAGAUGAACGCAAACUAAUCUGAACAACUGUGAGCUGCGCACUCGGAGUGGCUGCAGAAGCACGCGGUGCCGCGCCUCCCCGCUCGAGGCAACGUGUCCAUCUCCGCUCAUGUGAUCACUCAUCAUUCUCCUGGCAUUUUACUUUUCUAAGUAAAACUAUAGCCACGUAUGUUUUACCCAGAGCUGCUAAGUUCACCAGCAGUGCGGGUUUACCCCGCUCCAAGUGUAACGGUGUGUUUUGAUCCUCAUACAUGCGUGUUGCUGCACGUCUCCCCCAUUUGGCUGCCAGUUCCACACAUUUCCACUAAUCGCAGGUUUUUGAAAGCAUCUUUGUUUCAAAGUAACAUUCAGUGUGUGACACGUUGUACUGUAACUGUAGGGUAAAGUAUCUCUUUAGAUGGUCAGUCUUUCAGCUGCAUUUCAAGGUGUGAAACUGUAUAGCACAUUAAAAAAUUAAAAUACAAAAAAAUAUAUAUAUAUUAUGCCACAAAAUAGAUCAUGUUAAUGACUCAGCCUCUCCGUACAUUUCUCUGAUGACCAAAUCCUGUUAUUCCUAUGAAAAGUAAGUUUACUUUAAUAGAUAUUUAGACAUUUGUUCAGCUUGUUAUUCUUAGUUUGUUGUAAAUAUUAUCAGUGUUAUGAAGUGGCGAGUCAGUUCGAGGUACCUAAGCAGACCGAACUGCAAACUGGAAAUAAAUUAUAAACUGGAAAGAAAUGUACCUGAAUAUCAAUAUACUUUUUGAAUAUCAUCUUAAGUAACAUUUUUAAAUGUCCCCCAGUUUAUUUAAACUAUAACUGUAAAUAAUGAAUUCUGUAAUAUAUUUGUGCCUUCUUACAAUGCUUUUUUUGAAAAGCUAAAGUACAGUAGUCUUACAGUAAAAACAACAAUAAAAAUAUGCUCAAUAAAAACGAUUUUAAAUGAUAAAAA